AUGGGUAAUUUAUCACCUGAGGAGAUACUGAAGCGGAUCGAAGGCGAUAGCAAAGGGAAAGUCAAGGGAAAUCAAAAAAAUGGAACAAAUGGAUCCAAGGUCAACUUGUGGUUCACUGAGUCUGUGACGAGAAGCGACCAUAAAUCGCUGGACUGCUAUGAGGAUCACUCAUCUGUUGUAGCAAACGGUUCCAAAAGCAGUGGCAUUCGUAAAAGGACCGAUAAAAAGGAUCGCCAAACAGAUAAGGCUGCAAGACGUUCUGUCAUUAUCGAUAAAGAGGUAGUUGAGCUCUCAACUAAAAUGGAAGCAUUGAAUAUUGAAAAAGCGAAGGCAGUUGUUGUGACGGAAACUACGGCUGAGUCUAAGCAUGGAUCAUCGAUAAUGGAUUCAAGAACAUCGGAGGUGGAAAUUGUAACGUCAUCACACAAAAGCGAUAAAGUUGAAGAUGCAGGAAGUGGUGUUACGACCACAGUGAAGGGCAUGGUGGAUGAAGGUUUGGAUGAUGAAGAACAGUAUAUAAGUGCCGACGAAGGCGCUAAUUUUAACUUCUCCGACGACAUAAAAACUGAGUUGCAGUAUCAUACAGAUGAACAAUCUGGUGCUUCCGGUUCACGAGACUUUAUAAGUGACGGCGCUAAUUAUCGUGCUGAUGACGAAGAAAUAAAUCCUUUGCCAGUGACAGCCGAAGAAUCCGAAUUUAUCCAGGUCACUGCCAGGAGUAAAAGGAGAGGUGCUUCUAUUCAUCAUCAACUAACUAUGGUACCGGGAGUGGAUAGGAAGAAUGUGUAUUUCAAUAGCACGAUGGAUCGAGGUGCUAGAACAAAUGUGAGGCGUGAUGCAGAUAGAUUGCGACGAAGUUCAAUACAAUUACCACCGGACAACCGUAGAAAUCAGCCCUCUUCUCGUGGAAAUACUUCACCAUCACCGGUUGAUUGUGAGAGUUUUCAAAAAUAUUCGGCUCCACUACGAUUUCGGAUGUUAAUUUCAGAAGUUAUUGAUAAUACUCUUAUGAAAGCGCAAGAGAAUAAGAGUAGUGAUGGAAAAGGUCAGACUAUUGGUACUAGUGGCAGUGUUGAGUCACAGCAACAACGGCAACAGCAGCAGUAUCUUAAAUUUGCUACCUCAACAUCGACGAGCAAGAAGAUAAAGUAUGGGUUACCAUCUUCACUUCAGACAAGUCGCACAGCAUCCCCUGAUCGUCGUAGCAGUCAACCGUUGACUUUAAAAUAUUCUGUUGCUGCUGCAAAAUUGCAAAGUGGCUCUUCACCGGCUGUUGCAUCUCUUCCGGGAAAUUUGCCGGACACGAAACACGAAAUAUCGGAGCAACAAAUUGACACUGUUACUGUUGCUAAUACAAAAGCUCCAGCUCAACGAUCUUGGGCAGAUAUUGCCAAGCAACGAUUAUAUGAUAACGCUGAAACACGCCUAAAUAUAACACCUCAUGCAUGGGUGGAUCCUCGUGCAUCAGUCAAAGAAGAACAUUCCGUUAGUGGAGCUUCCAUUUCUGAUCAUCUGGAAAGUGCGAAAAAGCCAGAACACGGUGAGCAGAAGCGAACAGUAUGUGUGGGGACGGUAAGCAGCGACUCAGCAGUGAAAGAUUAUACUUUCUUUUUUGAUCCAAACGAACCAACCGUAACUGUGUCGAAAGGUAUUGUUGAUUUUGUUGAAGAAUUAGAACCGAAGACUUCUAAUAUUGUACCAAAGGAAACUGAAGAACAUUCAAAAUCUUUAAAGCCUCGUUGUUCCGGGAUAGUGCUAAAUUUGGAUGGAGGUCGGCAAGUUAUCCUUCCAGAAAGUGAUACAAUAACGGCAAGUCCUUCAACUGUAGUCGACAUAAAGCAACGACCUGAAGUAAUAACAGCUAAUGAUAUGUGGAGAUAUUUUACGGAAGAUGCAACCGAUGCAGAGGAAUAG